UGCCUCUCGAUUUGGAGGGGCGUAGAAAGGAGGCCAUAUUGUACAGUUAAAUUGAAAGAAAGAAAAUAAUUUAUUGUAUUCUUCAGUAAGCGCGAGUUUUUUCAUUAAAUAAUUAAAUCGGAUUCAUCAUAACAUCAUAAUAAAUAUUUUUGUUAAUAAAAUAAGUUUAUGAAAAUUCAGUAAUCACGAAGCGCUUACAGAACAAGCAAAGAAAAGUUGACAAAAAGAGAAAGACAAGUAAGAGAAAGAAAAAGAUACAGGAACUGACUUGAGCUCUCAAGCUGUCUCUUACAUAUAUUCUACAUUAGAAUUUUGUGAUUUUUUCAAUAUUUAUAAAUAAAUAUUAAUCGCCCUCGCUUAUAACAUUGUACGUUUGAAAAGGAAGUUUGUUGCUGCCACAACGAGAUGGGCACUCGAGACGACGAGUACGAUUAUUUAUUUAAAGUGGUUCUCAUUGGAGAUUCUGGAGUAGGAAAGAGUAACUUACUGUCAAGAUUUACUCGAAAUGAAUUUAAUUUAGAAUCCAAGUCUACUAUAGGCGUUGAAUUCGCCACACGUAGUAUACAAGUUGAUGGAAAAACUAUUAAAGCUCAAAUCUGGGAUACUGCUGGCCAAGAACGUUAUCGAGCUAUUACGUCAGCGUAUUAUCGAGGAGCUGUUGGCGCCCUUUUAGUUUAUGACAUAGCGAAACAUUUAACAUACGAAAAUGUUGAACGAUGGUUACGAGAACUACGAGAUCAUGCUGAUCAAAAUAUUGUGAUUAUGCUUGUGGGUAACAAAUCGGACUUAAGGCAUCUUCGUGCAGUACCAACUGAUGAAGCCAAAUCUUUUGCUGAAAGAAAUGGUCUUUCUUUCAUCGAAACAUCGGCACUUGAUUCUACUAAUGUUGAAACGGCCUUCCAAAAUAUUCUUACAGAAAUAUAUAGAAUUGUUUCUCAAAAACAAAUAAGAGAUCCUCCGGAAGGAGAUACAAUCAGGGCACAAAAUGUAGAACCUAUCGAUGUAAAACCAACAAUGAGUUCUGAUGGAAUGCGUAAACAAUGCUGCCAGUGACUCGCCGCACUACUUUCCACAAGAAGUUGUCCGGAGGGAGAAAAAAUAAGAACGGUGACUGGUGAUAAAUAUUGCAGGUGCAUAAUGGUAAGAGAACUAAGACUAUGUGUGCGGGCCUGUACUCUGGUAUACUGAGAAGAAUUCCUUACGUCAGUAAAACAUCAGAAUUAAAAUAAAACAAAGAAAAAAACCCGGGGGAUGCUGCGGUCUAUCGACAUUGAGGACAUUCAAAUAUAUUAUCUUACAUGUGAUCGUGAACGCAUUUCGAGCAUUCUUCAGUUACAUUUAGAUUGUGGUUACGCUCGUGAAGCGAACAACGAACACUUGUCUCAUAAACCUGUGUCCCUUUGGAGUUGACUUAUUAUUCUAUCUCCUUCGCUCUCUCCCUCCAAUUAUCUCAAAAUCCAUUAUUCUUAAACGAUCAUGUUUAUCUGUAAGUUAUUUAACAAUAAACAUGUGUCCUGAAAAUACAGACUCACAUACAUAGCAUACAACAGACACAAUAACAUAUACAUAACUGACACGCAAUCACGUGGUACAUAAAUAUUAUUAUGUUACAAUAAUUAAAUGUUGUAUUAUCGCUUCUUUGUAAUACAUAAUACAAUUAUUAUUCUCUACGCAUAGUGUGACCGCGACUUAUAUUA